GUCUGGUCACCCCGUCACGUGUUAUAUUACGGUGGAGCCCGCGAAUGACGAGUAUCACUUCUAUGCAAUACAUUUAUUUCACCUCGCUCUAGCAAACAUGACCCACUUUCGGCAAGUUCCGGGAAUCAGACCUACACCGACUUGAAGAGUCGCAGUUUGGCUGUGAGAUCGUUGUACACGUAUAGAGAACGACAGUUGGAUACGAUCGAAACAGUUUCACUGACGGCAAAAUAGAGGAGUGGUUCCCAUGACAACAUGACAACAGCAUGACAGGGGUACCAGAAAGUAGAGGUAUACUGAGUGCAGUUGUACUUGUUGUGUCCCUCAGCCACAACCUUGCAUUCCUAGAGGGACUGUCCAAUGGAAAAGUGAGUCCCAGUAAUCCAUAUGCAUUCAUUAAUGAGACCUUGACCUUGAACUGCACCGUGACCUCAGACAGUUACCCUGGCAACGUCUCAGGAUCACUGUUCUUCGUUAAAGAUUUUGAUGAUGUUGAGAAGGUGCUGCCGAUGCAGUACAUCACCCUUCUAGGUAACCGAUCCAUACAACUGGACUACCCCAUCACUUCAGGCAUCGAUCAGGGGUCGUACGUGUGUAAGCUCAACAAGACGGAUGAAAGCAGUGUCAUCAUAGAUUCCCAGUACACCUCCAUCGAAUAUCGGCCGAAGAUGGUGGAGAAAAUCGAUUGCCGUGUGUUUGACUGGAAGAACAUGAUGUGUUGGUGGGACCUGGGCGUGGACUAUAUAAAUAUGAAUCGACUUAAAGUUCAACUGCAAUGGGGAAUAUUGGGGGGUUUAUACGCCUGUCCUCACGAGACUACAACUACAUGCAGCUGGAAGGAGAAUGAUGGUGCAGAUUCUUUCAAACUUGAAACAUACGUCAUGAUAGUUAAUGUUACAAUCUAUGACAGUGACCAGUAUAAGAGUGUCAAGGAUGAAGCUGUCUCCAACUACACUAUGGUGGAUACGUUAACAAUAGUGGAACCAGCCCCUGUGCAUUCACUGACUGUGGGGAACAGGACCAGCAAGUGCUUGACUCUGCGGUGGAACCAUACACACCACACUAGGGGAAUGAUGUAUACUGUGCACGUUCAUCAGAAGCAGGGAUCUGUCUUAAAGCUCAACACCACCACAAGAGAGGAAACUGUAUGUGACCUACACCCUGCCAUGAACUACACGCUGCAAGUGUCGUGUAUCCCGUUACCAUAUGAAUCUAAUGAAACCAUGGGCUUUUACAGCGACUCGACCUCCAUAGUGGCGAAAACUCUGGAAGACGUGCCAAGUGGUGUUCCUGGAACGCAGGUCGGAAGUUUUGUGUACCGGGACUGUAAUCAGUCAUCGAUCUGUACUGUGACCAUCUACUGGAAGCCAAUACCAUUUGAAGAGUCCAAUGGGGAGAUAACUCUGUACACAAUAAAGCAAGAAGACAGAGAGCAUGGAACUAGCAAGGUGAUGAAGGUGGCGGGGUCAGCAACGUCGUAUGACCUCCAGGUCUGGGGUGACCGGGAGUAUAGCAUCACCUUGACAGGUGAAACACGAGUGGGCGUGUCAGCAGAGUCCAAGCCAAUUGUGAUUCCUGUUUUCCACAAAGUGCCUCUCCCCUCAGACAUUGUAGUAGAGGCCGACAGCUCCACCCUGUACAUUACCUGGGGGAUGCCACCAGGGUCACGUGACCCCCACCAUGGGAGAGUCACAGGCUACACCUUGUUCUACUGCAAUGGGUCCAAGAUCACCUCCAAAUGUGUGGAUGGUAUUCAUUGGCUGUCGUUUACCCCUGAGGUGCUGAGCUAUGUAUGGGAGGUUCCUGAUGGUAACCUAGACAACAAGAUGAUUGGCGUGUCUGUAGAGAAGGAGAUAGCCAAUCAGAGAGUCAGCAGCGGUAUUAAGUUGAACUCCUGCUUGUAUGUCAAGAAUCAGAUUCCUCUGCGUCCACAAAACCUCAACUUCUCCCGCCACCAGCCGGACAACGCCCUGAGUGUGGAGUGGCAGAAGUUUGGAUGUGAGGAGGAUUCAGCCUACAUCACCCACUAUGUUCUGUCGUACUGUCCCACCGACCAACACAGGGAUUGUGAAGGUCAGUCAGUGCAGGUCAAUGUGUCUAACACCGAGGGAGAGCCACGUGAUCCAGGGUCUGUCAGCUGGAGUGAAGUACAGGGUGACUCUCCGGGCGGUGUCAGGACAGGGGACGGGCCAGACAGUGACCCCAUCAUCAAACUUGUUGUAAACAGUGAUUUAACGCCAGGAGCAAUUGCGGGCAUAUCUUUCGGUGGAAUAUUCGGGUGCAUUGUCAUACUCUCUUUCAUGAUCUGCUGCAUAAAGAGAGUACGUCGGACCUAUAGAAACAUGCCUAUGGAUAUAAAACUGCUGGAACUUGUGAAGGUUGAUGAAGACACACAGGUUCAUGAUAAGGAAAACAAUAAUGUGAAGAAGGAAACACCAACAUCCAACAAGAAGAAUAAGACCGAUACCAGCAGAAACAUAGAGAUCCUAGAUUGAGAUCCCAGAUCAGACCUUAAAUCAGAGGACAUGGCUGUAAAAACAGUAAAUGACCUCAAAACAAUUCAACAGGAUCUGAAGCAUGUGGACAUCCCAUGUUCAGGUGAGUCAACUGAGUCAGAGUGUGACAAGACUGGGACAUCCCAUUCUGAUUCAACUGAUCCGUCAUCCAUCCAAGUGGACAGCUAUCUGAAACGUGAUCUGUCAGGCAACUCCAACUCCACAAACAGGAUGCUGGCAGUGAUUACGUUACGAGGGACAAACUGUCACUGCUGCUUGGAAAGUCAUCUUCUGAUGCUUCAUUUAACAAGGCGUCCCAUUCUUCAGGGCAGGACUCAGCAUCAAGCCCCCCUCCUCCAUAUGAACCACCUCAAUCUCCUGAUGACCAGAAGUUGGAGACACCACCGCCAACUUACAGCUCCUAUGUCUCAUCCCAGACAGAUUUCCCAUCAGCUCCCCAGGAGAGGCAGAUGUCUUCUUGCCCUGUGGGUGAUGUCGGCUCGUCCACCAACUCACAUCCCCUCUCGGUGCUGCUGGAGCAACAGCCACCCCCCUUCCUCUCCUUGUGGUGAUGCCUUCUACAACCAAUCUCAGUCUCAUGAAGAGUCUACAGAUCUCCAAGACCACACAACCCCCAAACCUCAAAGUCAUUCUACUGACAGUCCAUACAUUCCUUUCGACAAAAUUCAACCUCCUCAACCACCUAAACCACCUCAACCAACUCAACCACCUGAAGAGCAGAAGACAGUUUUGCCUCCUGCUGAUGGGUAUGUAUCUGUGUCAGAGGCCUCACAGAUGAUAAAAAAGGAUGGAUUAGAAAAACCAAAAGUUUUUUGUCCAACAGUAGAAUCAGGAAACUAUUGUAAAAUAGGUAUAAACGGCAGUUUGGGGCAACUCGCCAACAGUGACUAUAUUUCCAAGGCUGACCUGGUGGGUGAGACUGGUCCAUCCAGUACUUCCCGUACACUACACAACCAGGCCACCACUACCUUGUAGGUGCUGUUCACAUUAAAUCCCAUUUGUAGCAGCAGAGUGUUACCAGACAGUUAUGACCAAUAGGGCUUUAGCUAUUGACAACCUGACUUUCUAUUUGGGAAAUAUGAUUGAGCCUAUUCCACUCAAGGAUUAUGCAUGAACAUGCACAAAGCAAAUCAACAUAAUUAUUGUCAUUGCAACAGAUUAACCCUUUUAUUUUGACAGACAUCUGCAUUCAUUCAAUCAUUAUGAUAGACACCUAAAUUAAUUCAAUCACCUUGACAGACACCUGAAUUCAUUCAGUCAUCUUGACAGACACCUGAAUUAAUUCAAUCAUCUUGACAGACACCUGAAUUCAUUCAAUCACCUGGACAGACACCUGAAUUCAUUCAAUCAUUUUGAUAGACACCUGAAUUCAUUCAAUCAUCUUGACAGACACCUGAAUUCUUUCAAUCACCUGGACAGACACCUGAAUUCAUUCAAUCAUUUUGAUAGACACCUAAAUUCAUUCAAUCAUCUUGACAGACAUCUGAAUUAAUUCAGUCACCUGGACAGACACCUGAAUUAAUUCAAUCAUUUUGAUUGACACCUGCAUUCUUUCAAUCACCUGGACAGACACCUGAAUUCAUUCCAGGUCUGCUACCAGAUUAUAUGGUGCCAGUGUUAGUGUGACUUAGAAGACCUGGAGGCGUGAUGGAUAGCGUUUCCCUAAGAGAGUAAAUAUGCAACCCUCUGGAUUAAAGGGAUUUUAC